GUUUGGUGUGUUGCAGCGUUGGAUAACGGCGAUAUAGCCACUGGCGGCAGUGACGGCAUAGGGCGCGUGUUCACAGAUAGUUCGGUACGAGAGGGUGCUCCCGAACUUCGGGAACGGUUUGAACGGGAAGUCAAGGCACAGCAAAUAGCCAGCCAGACUAUGGUCGGCGAUUUGGAUAAGGACUCUGUCCCUGGGCCUGAG